AUGUCUGCCUCAUCCUCAGACGAUGACCUCGAGGCCUAUGACCCGGACCAAGAUCUGGCCGAGCGGCGGCAGAUCCAGCGGGGCAUCCGCGCUUUGGAGCGUGACAUGCUGGAGAAAGCCGAGGAGUAUCUCGUCCCAAGUUCAAAGCGUAUCGGGGAGACACUCAAAUCUCUCAACGAAAUUGCGAGCAAUAUCAAGCAGACCACCGAGGCUGCCAUCGACUCCAGGGCCCUGCUGACCCUCGUCGACCUUAACCACCGCAAGCUCCAGCGCAUGACCGCGGGCCACCUCAGCACUGGUGUAGACCCAGACGAGUUCGUGUCCAAGUGCAUCACAUACAUGCGCAGGGCCAACGGGAUCGAGGACGACGAGAAUGAGGAGCUCACCUACACUCAGCGUCGUAGGAGGGGCGGCCCUGCUCUGAAUGGAAAUGGUCAUGAGAAUGAUGGGAGUGAUGAUGACGAUGAUGCUGGUAUGGAUUACGAGGACGGUGCAGCUGGUGACACGUUGAACUGGUCGCACCUGGGUCGGUAUGCGUGUGUACCGGCCGGGAGGAGACCACCGCUAUCAGGACACCUGCUCGGUCCGCUGAGCGUGGAGAAGAAGACGCGCGAGGUCGUGGUUAGAUCGGCGCCACUGCGGCUGCGCGACCUGCAGGAGGUGCGGCCCCAGGUGCUGAACACCGAGGAUCUUUCCCAGAAGGAAAACGAUCUGACGGCAAUUUGUAAUCAAAUUCUGAAAGAGCUCAAGCGUGCGCUGAGGACCGCCAUAUCUGAGGUGCAGCGGGUUCAUCAAGACGAUACGAUGGAUGACCAAGACGUUGUGGCGGCCAUGGAAAGGGUCGGACUGACCGAGUCUGGCAGCCUCGACUUGGUACGAUUCUGCAUCAACCCAAGGUCUUUUGGGCAGACAGUUGAGAACAUGUUCUACGUCAGUUUUCUCAUAAGAGAGGGAAUGGUAGAGAUGAAAUAUGAGGAGAAUGGUCUUCCAUCUCUAUGUAAGUCCGAGCGAGAGACGCCAAAUAUCCCGAAUAAGAACGCAAUGAGGCGCCAGGCAAUCAUGUCCAUCGAUAUGCCGACGUGGAGGGAUCUUAUCACGACGUUCAACAUUAAGAAGUCAAUGAUUGAGCACCGUUAUGAGGCCCAAGACCAACCCGGAGCUCGAGGGUGGUACACUUGAUCACACCUGAUCAGCUGCAUCCAGCUCCACCACUUCUCAACAGAUCCGAGAUUGUAAACGUGGUGUUGACACAAGACGUGACUAGAAUCUUGACGGCAUUUUGGCAGGCCAAAGUAUGGAUGGGGUCUGUUGAUUACUCUGUGAUAUACCUGAACAGGCCAGGGAUGACUGAAUUGAUUACUCGGGCAUUGUGCGCUUGAGAUAGCCAUUGAAGGAAUCGCUACAUAUUGGCUUGGCUCCCUUAUCACAUGGCCAGCCUGGGCCAUACUGCCAGCACAGACCUGUGGCUCGUGGCUCAUCUCGGGUCGUGUCCAGCCAAAGUAAGUCAGUCCAGUCUACACAGAAGGCUACAAAGGCUCAUGUAUUGAUCUGCUUUAAUUCUGUUGUAUAGUGUGAAGAUUGUUCAUUCCA